AUGUAUAAAUUCCUAAUACUAUUGUAAGUACUUUUUUGGAUUAGUGAAACAAAGAGAAUUUAAAAGAGUUUUCGUAUCAGAUAACUCUCUGAUUGGGAAUAUUUGACAAAAUUUGGAGCUGAAGUUGGAGAUGUCACUUAUCAUAUCAAAUUUAGAAUUAUUGGAUUGGAAUCAGAGGAAAUGAGAGAAAGAAAAUUCCCUAUUCUUUUUGAGUUAUAUUUAGAUGAGGAAUGGCCAUAAGCAUUAGAAAUGCAAGAAUGUGAGGUAAAUACAAUUAUUUGUUAAUUAAUUAGAGAGCUUCCUAAGCAAGAAGAAAAGAGACGAUAUAAGUACCUGGAAAUGGAGAGUAUUCUUAAGUGUACACUGGAAAUAUUAAAGCAAAAUUAAGAGCUCAUAUGUGGUAUUAUGCUAUAUCUGAUUGUCAUCGAAGAUUAAGAGAUGAAUUCAAAGAAGAUCAAUAUAAAAAGAUUAAAUUUGAAGUGGAUAUUCAUAUUAAGAAUGUAGGUAAGACUGAAUUUUCAGUUGAAUAAUUUGGAAUUUAAUAUUUCAUGAUUGUGGUAGUUUUAGUUGACAUUAUAAUGUUAGCUUAUAAUGGCUAUUAUAUAGUAUAAAGACAUGAAAAGUAUGAGGAAUUCAGUUUAGCUUUGUUUCUAUUAGUAAUAACUCUUUUCCUUGAAACUAUUUCUUAUGGUGUGAAUUUAUUACACUUAUGGGUAUAUAGUUAUAAUGGGGAAGGUGUAUUUGUUUUACAUGUGGUAUCAGUUAUUGUAUAAGUAAAUGUUAAUAAUUAAGGCAGGUUGCAUCUCAAUUCUCAUUAACAAUGAUAUUAGUAAUGUUAUCUUGGGGUUGGCAAAUUAAUUUUAAUAAAUUCGAUAAUUUUGAAAUAUUUUUACCUUUAUCACUAUUAAUAGCAUUCUUUCAAUUGACUAUAGUAGGAGUUGGUUUUAUUGAUUAUGAUGCUUAUUAUAAGGAUCAUUCUUAUGAAGGAUGGGUUGGUUGGUUAGCAUCAUUUAUAUUUAUUGGAGAAUUCAUAUACUUUAUUAAUGGAUUAUCUAAUACAUAUAAAAAGAGUAAUGGAGCAGUUUAAUAAUUUAUAUUGAUGCUUGGAAUCUAUGGUGGAUUCUAUUUCAUUAGUUUUCCAGUUCUCUAGACAGUUAAUUUGGUAUAAUAAUUAAUAAUAAUUAUUUAGAUUGUUGCCAGAUAUCUUAGACAUAAAGUAAUGGAAAUAGGGACUAUAACUUUAAGGACUGCUGCUAUUUUACUUUUGACUCAUUUAUUUACAUCUAAAAAAUCCAUAUUUGCUAAAAUAUCAUAUGAUAAUAAAAGCUUUUUAGAUAGAAAUAAGGAUGAGUGA